AAGAUAAAACACCUGUGAAUAUACGUGACGCGCAAUUGUUUGUCGUAGUUGUUCAGCUUACUCACUCGCCGUCGUCUUCCUCGCCGCCGCCUACGCUUCUCGAGAUUUCCCGGUUGAUUGAUGCGGCCGUGAACUCCCCCGAUGGCCGCGCAGUCGCCCAGCUCCUCGCCGCAAGAUGGCUCUGGCGGGAGUGGAUCCUCGGAUGAUCUUUUAGUUCAAGCUCCACAGAUAAUACGGGAGGAUUACGUACAGAAUGCUGUCAAGUUUCUUGCACAUCCAAAGGUGAAGGGUUCUCCAGUAUCUUACAGGUACUCUUUCCUCGAAAAGAAAGGCCUCACAAAGGAAGAAAUCGACGAGGCCUUCCGUCGGGUUCCUGAUCCACAACCAAACAGUACAGAUGCUGCAGCUGUUGGUUCGCAACAAGCAAGCAACCCAAAUCAAUCUGCUGGGGUGCAACCUUACACUUCAGUUCAAUCGCCACAAGCAGCAACUGGCUCUCUUACCACUGGUCAUAUGGCCCCACACACACAGAUGCAAUUUAGCUGGUUCAAUACAUUGCUAGGUGCUGGUAUUUUUCUUGGAUUUGGAGCUAGUUCUGUCAUCAUCAUCAAGAAAGUGUUCCUUCCUAAACUAAAAUCUUGGACCCGAAGAGUGGUUUCUGAAAGAGAUGAAAAUGCAGACAGUGAACUUAAGUCCAAGCUUUAUGAUGAAAUUAAAGAAGCUAUGGAAGCUUCCUCAUCAGCCUUUUCUGCUAUUGCUAAAACAAAUCAAGAAUUGCUUGCUUCAAAGGACGAAGAUAAGAAGGUACUUAUCAAGUUGACGCAAGCAUUGGAUUCUCAGGCAGAGGUGUUGAAAUCCUUGAGCGAGACCUUACUUCAGACAAGGGACAAUCGGUUUUCACAAUACAAUCUAUUGGAAGAGCAUGUUCAACCUGCACCAUGGAAUGGGCCAACUAAUAAUUCAUGGAGAGCUUCCCAGCAAACCAAUAUGUACACCACGUCGCCAAAUGGUGAUUUUGACUCCGGUAGGCAACAAUUCAUGCCAUUAAGUCCAGAACCUACAUCUGGAUCAUUUCCAAGAUCUUAUGUUGAGCAGCGGGUGCCGAGGCCUGGGUAUGGCUACCAGCCCCAGAUGGGGAGUGACAGGUCGAAUCCUGGCAUUCGAGAGGGCUACUACGGUUCUCCUCCUUACCACUCCGGGGGUAACAACACCGUCGAUGCUCCAGCACCAGUAUCGGCACCAGUUCCAGAGGAGAGUCCGUUCCAGCGCCGCUGGGUUCCCCCUCAGCCACCAGGCGUUGUCAUGCCAGAGGCUGCGGCCGCCAUUCGGCAGCCAAGGUCCCUUCCAAGGCAAGAACCACAAGCAGCAGCAGGUACUGCUGAUGCUCCAAGACCAUCAGACUCUGCCUCCAAUGUGCAGAUGGAUGGUGGAGCUUCUGGUGUUGCCGACGGCGAGUCACCAAGUAAUGGUGCUGCAGCCAGCACCGUGGCCAGCACGGUCAACGGUGAAAGUGGGGAAGGGGCUGUAUCUGUUUGAACUUGACAGACUGAGACCUUUGGAGGUUUGUAGCCUUGGGGUUUGAGAAGUGACCCCUAUGGUUUCCAUUGCUUAUGUACUAUUUUUUACCUCUGUCCAGUAAGGUUCACAUACAUAUAUGCUUGUUAAUUAGGUCUGUGAAACUGUAUACUCUGGUUGUAAUUGGCAACAUGUGUAUGGAAAAAAGAAGGUAUUAUUAGUUAGUUAUUACUAGCUCACCUGGGACGCGAGCAUAUCUCGCUUUGAUCAA